AUGGACGACAUAAAACCCAAAGCUCUAGAAGAGAAGCUGAAGAGCCAGCUUAGUCUGCUUGAAUUUGAGCACGCGGUGUUCGAGCGAAUGGUUUACAAGAACAAGAACCAGCAUCGAAGAUGCUCCUAUUUUCAGUACCUUCUCAAGGUGAGAAGGGAAUUGAGACUCUUACGAACAGCGAACAUGGUGGAGAUUCUGAGACCCUGCUUUUGUGUCAUCUCUGGGAAAGGAAGUAAACUCCAAGUGUUGGAGAGCUUGAAGCUGAAAAAAUCUGACACCGGGAAACCAAAUAUCUUGGAACGACUUCUUGGAGCUCUUCGUUUACUCUCGCAGAUGACUGAACCCAUCUUGAACGCUGCUAGUGGGAUAUCUACUCUGCUAGCUUGUUCAUUCUUCAUACCAUCUUCCUUGACGUUUCUGGCGCUGCUUGCCCGUCUCCGAGUGUUGAUUCAACAAAUAUUAGUUGAUGCUGUAUCUGUUUUCAAUUCAGUAGCCUCUACAUCCCUGAAGAAACAAUCUGUGAAGAUAGCAGAGGACAGGGUUGAGGUGUUCCGUGAGUUCUAUCCAAAGGAGAAAGAGUGCAUCACGUUAUUGGAAUGUGUAUGGAAGACUGAUAAAUAUGUCUUACUCGAGACAUUGCAGAACAAUGAGAGUAGUAAACCUAUAGAGGAUAAUGUUUCAGAAGAUGCUGCGACUAGGGGUUCGUUGGUACAGUAUCAAACAUCUGUUUCUUCUCUUGGGGAAGAUCUCUCUCCUGUAAUUGAAGCAGACAACGGUGGUGUUACUGUGAGAGAAAGUUCAACUCCCGUUGCCGAAGCAGCUUCUUCCGUGACUAACGAUGCGUUGCAACCUGAAGCUUCAGAAAAUGCAGAAGAUGCUACAAUUAGGGGUUGUUCAAUUCAGUAUCAAACAUCUAUUUCUCCUCUAGGAGAAGAUCCUUCUCCUCUGCUUGAAGCAGAAAGAAACGAUGGUGUUACUGCUACAGCGAGUUCGACUCUCAUUGCCGAAGCAGAUCCUUCCAAGACUAACGAUGGAUCACAAAUAGAAGAUACAGAUAAACCAGAAGAUGAAUCUUCAAAUCCUGUGACUGUGAUCCCAGCAAAAACCAACACAGACAAAAUAAAACCGAGUUUCAGAGCAACCAAGGUGGCGUUUCUACCAUUGAAAAGACAUUCCUCUGCAAUAACACCAAACGCCAUAGAAGAACCCCCAAGGAAGAAGCAUGAAACAGGCGAGAAAGACAAGAAGGAAGAAGAUGGAUUUUAUAAUCUACUCAUCCGGGGAACUCAUAAAGACAGUUUGUUCUAG